UUCACGAAGCUGAUGGUGAUGAGGCAGCUUCACUUCACACUGGCUAGAAAAUAGUUUGUUUUUGUGCAAUUUAAAGUACUCAAUAAUGUGAAAACAUGCAAGUAGAAGGAUUAUAUGAUGUUGUUGAUGUUUCUGAAUCUAAAGUUAAGCGUAGGAAAGUAGUUAAAUAUAUUUACUCAAGCUGUGUACAGUCUGAACUGUUAACACUGACAGACACAUUUUUUAAAUGUUUUACUUGUCUACAUACAUUUUUACAUAUGCAUUUUACUUUGCAUGCAAGUUAAAUAAGUGUAUAUUAUUAGAUAUGUAGCAUUAUAUAAUAUAGUUAAAGAUAAUUUAAUUAAGUAUGCAAAUAGAAUUAUUUCCAACUUCACCACAUGCAACACCAGUGAUGUUCACACAGUAACACAUCUGUAACGUGCGGUACAUCUUCCUGAUUUUUACCACUGCACUUUCAUUACAGUUUCUAACUUGUACCCACGUACUUCAUCUGCGUUAUUGAUACUUCCACUUACAGUGUAGCUUUGAGAUGUGCUUUUGGCCAUCAGUGUUUUCGACACUAUGAGCUCCCCUGCGUUCUGCCAGUUUGUGGGAAAAUCUGGUCAGCGGGGAAGCAAAGUAUGAGUUAUUGGUUCUUAUGAAUGUUGGUGGUUUGGCUCACGUUGUGAAACUAGAUGGCUUCCAGUGCUCUGUGCAACUAUGUGCUUUACAUUCUUAUCCAUCCUCAGUCCCUUCAGGGAGAGUUUUGGUUAGUUCUUUAUUUAUAAUGCUGCAUGUCGGCAAACCUGAACAUCCUGGGCCCUAAGGAGCUAUAGAGAUAAGAAUAAAAAGGACUUUGUCUGAAACCCUGGAGAGGCGUUAGGUUCAUUGUUCUGCACCAGCGGUUGGAUCAUUUAUUGGCAAUCAUUCAUAUUCCCGCCCAUUUGGGAGGCGCUUUCCAUGGCAUCAACCUAUUGCGUUUUUUUGCUGAGAUUUGUCUUCCAGGAGACGGAUCAUGGAAGCCGAAGAAGCGUGGGACAAAGAGCUGAGUUCACACAAACUGCUAGAUAAAAAGGUGCCCUGCAAGCAGAAUGGCAGGAUCGGUAAAGCCAGAGCCCUUCACAGCCUGCUGAAAACCCACAUCACCCUGCAGAUUGAGACCAUCACCCGCUCAGAAUGUUCAGGCUCUUGUCCAAAUCUGAUGAUGAGUAGGAGCGAGCAUGCAGACACGAGGCCCGUCCCCGUGGCCCUCACCCCCCAGCUCCCUCCAAGAGCCCACCGGCCCCUCUGCGUGUCCGUGUCCUCAGACAGCAGCGGACGCUUCAAAGCUCUGGAGACGCAGGAGUGGAAAAACAACCUCAAAGCUCAAAUGGAGCAGGCUCACAGUGCAGGAGCUGCCAGCAGCACCGGUUCACUGGAGCGAGCCUCUCUGUUCUGUGCCUCAGCAUCCACUGCAGCGUCCUCAGGCUUGUCCAGCCCAGUGGAGAUCCUCAACAAGAGCAAGUCCUCCAGCCGCUUCUCUCUCUUUUCUCCACCCUGGAACAGCAGCUCUGAGUCGGAUUCCAAUCCUCCAUCUCGUUCAGGCUCCAAGAAGUUGCGGAACUAUAGCAGAAGAGCUGCCACGGGGCCGGCAGGAGCCAGGGGUCCUGAUGUACCGGAGCCCAAAUCCAGCGGACCCGAUCACUUCCAGUACUCUGAACCUGUCAUCUCCAAAGUGAUGGACUACAUAUAUGUUGGAAACCUGAAUGCAGCCUACAAUGGGCGCACUCUGUGCCGCAAUAACAUAGACAGCAUCAUUGACAUGAGCAGCGUGCCAGGAGAACUGAGCCCCAGCCUCAGCCUCAUACCCUGCACCUGCUCCCGCGGCGCUCGCCACAGCUGGUCCCGCCUCAAGGUAGACAUUGGAGAUGUGCCAAAUGCUCUGGGUGACGGCCCAGGACUGAAGCAACGCUGCUUUGAGGACAUCAACGAGUGCAUCAAUGCCUCCACUGAGAAAAGGAAGCGGGUCCUGGUCCACUGUCGGGACGGUUUCUCUUUGGCGCCAACAUGUAUCAUCCAGUAUUUGAUGGUGAAGCGGAACAUGAGGCUGAUUGCAGCCUAUGAGCUGCUGAGAGCCAAGUACCCAGUCAACAUCAGGGAGUGCCACCAAAACGUGCUGGUGAGCCUGGAGAGGGCGCUGCGGCCAGAAGGCAACAUUGACCCAGAGUGCUUCAAACAGGCCCUCUCGCGCAAAGUGGCAUGGACCUGACCCGGUUCCCCCAACAUGCUCAGCUGCACCUCAAGGCUCUUUAUCCCUGGACCCUCACUAUAUGACAUUUUCCCCCAGAGACAAACCAAGGGCAGCUGUUCAUUCUCCUGUAGACUGGUCAAGUGGAUAUUAUUGUCCCUACUUGAGUUCAGUGGUUGUAAAACUGUUGAAUUUGAUGUGUUUCUUCUUGAACCCUGUAAAUGUGACCUGGCUGUGGUGCCCCCUCCCAUCCCAUUCAACAGGAGACACAAUAGACUUCCCUGUAAUGUAUACAGAUGUAAUGGUGUUGGCUGUAUGAUUUAAUAUAGUCCUGCUUCAGUUCUGUGCCAUGCCGUCGUGGUGGUGUUCUAUAUCAGGGGAAUUUCUUAAUGAGAGCUCUCAGGAUAUUAUUGAUGUCAUUCAAGUUCAGCAUUGGAGAUGAUCGUGUGGUCCAACUCACACCAGGCAAUGAAAUGCAUCUCAGUGAACUGUGUGUAAUGUAGAAGUGGGUCCGUUCUGAAACAUCCUUGGCUCUGUGUCUCAAGAGACGCAACGGUGCAAGCAGCUGCCAGUCUGCUGGGGACGUCCUGCUCCUUAAGUCUGCCUUAUGUCUCCAGACUUGAAAUAUGCAGAAAAUGUUGACACUGCUUGAGCUGCUUCUUCAUGGUGUAGCAUUUAGGGACAGCACAGAGCAUAGGUCAGUUUGUUGAGACAUAGAAUGUGGCUUAUUUAACUUUAAAACUCUGCGACCCCUGAAUCCCCAAAAGCGCAACCGUGAUUCAAAAGGGUUGAUGCGUCCGUAGGAGCCUAAUGUGUAAAACAAGAUUUUUAAAGUUUCUCUGCAGCUUCAUAGUUAUGCUUUCUUAAAAUCACUUUUCUCCCAAUAUUUAGCUUUUAUUAUUUAUCGCAUUCUGCAAUCUGUUUGACAACAUCUGCACAGAUUUAUUAAUAAAGGGAAUAGCUGGCCGUUUAUUACUUUUUUUCUUUCUUCCGCCUUGAAAUCUGUUUCACUGUCAGAGCGGUUCCUUGGUUUCAGUCAGUAGAAGUCAGAUGGGGGGAAACGAAGGUGCAGUUCUGCUGCUGAAGGACGAACAUGUGAUUUGGCACCAUUGGAUCGAUCACCACUAACAGUAUUAUGUUACCGAUUAAUCUGCUUAUGUGGCAGGAAUGAACUUUGCACAUGGACACGUGAUUUAACUUUGACCUGCUUCUGUUGUUUGUGACCAAUUGAAGCAAUUUUUGUCUUUUCUGAGGUCAUACUUUAAUGGAAGCUGAAAUGCCCAUCCUCUCCUCUGUGAGGAAGACUGUAGCCUCUAUUCAGCCACAGUUUGCUUUGUUAAUCUCUCCAGUGGUGCUCAGACUGUGUCUUUGUGACGCUGAACUUCAGUGUAUGCAGUAAACUUGGAACAAGAUGUGAAUCUGUAGAUUAUAAGUAUUAGUUUAUCCAGUUAAGCCACUGAAGUGUGACUGAAAGUUUCCACUGCCUGAGGUGUGUUUGCACUAUUUAUAGGGUUGUCCAAAAUGCUCAGUGCUGUUUUUUUGUUUUUAAUUUAAUUUGAUUUAUUGUAUUUUUAGGACCAUGGCUGAUCCUUUCAGUUAGAAGUGUGGCCGUCACCAUAUUCAGGGGUAAAGGUUUACAUGAUGUUUAAGGCCGCUGCUAAUCCACGUUCAUGGCCCAGUUCAUGAUCCACUAAAUUAACUGGAGGUGGUUGAAAACUGAUUUUCAAAUUGUGUAAAACCUUCCAGUUCAAAGUUUAAUUUGUGAUUGUUGGAUUUGCAUUUUUCUAGGCCUUUUAUCUUGAGAUACAAAAAUGUCAAACACCUCAUGACAAGGCCACGUGAGGUCUUUACCCAGAAUUCUUUGCAUUGCUUUAAUAAUAACUAAGAUGCCACUAAUAACUAGGUAACUCAUAUUAGUGUAUCGGAGCGCAGCAGUACUGUGGAGAUGCAGGCAGUCGUAGGAGCCAGGGUUUAUUAACAGCACGGUUGAGUCGUGACGCGAGCGGCGCGGCAGGUUUGGAGCGGAGCGCACGGUGCCUUCGCUUGGAGUCGGCCCGUGAGCGUAUGGUGAUAUUUGCACUUGGUAUCACUUUAACUUCUCUGGAGAUGUUGUGAACUGUUAAAUAUCUUUGAUGUUUUUAUUUUAGUAAUAUUUGUGACACGUGAUCCGAGCUGUAAUAUAUUUAUUUGCUUUAGUCACUCGUGCGCCGUGCAGGUGUUUUACUCAUGCAAGCAGUGAUGACCCUAAAGAACGAGACCAGUUCCUCAGCUGUUUGAUGCCCGUGUACUAGACAAAGUAACUGCAUAUUUUAUUUUCCAAAAUCAUCAAAUCCGACUGAAACAGUUUUCUAACUUGUUCUCUCAGGUGAUUUCUCAGUGGCUAAGAAUGUUCUCAAUGAAUAUGAUGUUCAGAAAUGUGAAACAAUGUAUUUCUCAUGUCAUGUUUCUAAAGUCAAAUAUAAUUUGUACUGUUGAAAUAUUAAAGAAAAUAAACAUUAA